GUGUCCUCUAUAGAGCUCAGAUUGUCCCAGCACAGUUCCUUUGCUCUGUUGACCAAGUCGUCAAUGUUGAUGUUUUGGACCCGUCCAGUUCCAGUUUUGGGCUUCGGGGUUUCUACUCGGUGAAAUUUGAAGAACACCGGUACCAUCACAUGCUGCGCGAGGGUACUUGUCCGGGUCUUAUCCUGUUGCGUGCUUUGUUUUUCCUACCAUCCCUGGAAUCCUCAAGUCAGGAGAAUUCCAAGUAUGAAUCUCAGACGGAUGCUGCCGGUGCACCUCCCGCUGGUAAGUCCGAUAACUGGCGUGAUUGUGGUGACGUUGAUGUUAAUGUUGAGCUUAAGUUGGAGUUGGAGAUUGUAAAACUCGAGGUUGAGGCAGCUGGCGCUAUGCGUAGAGCAGCGGAGGCUAAAAGUAGAGCAGCUGAGUUACUACGUCAUGGAGCGAAGAUUGAAUAUGUUAAAACCGUACCAUUACCUUGUCAUAUAGGAGGUAGUUCUCCUGAGCUCCCUGUAAUUGAUCCCGGUUGUUCUGAUAGGGAGAAGUGUAAUGGUUCUGCAGGUCUGAAGUCACCUGGGGUCAAGAAUCCCACAAUUGAGGACAUGGAUAAGCUCGACCUCUUAUUG